AUGGCUCUUGCUUCUUCCGUGUUUUCUCCUCUCUCAACCUCAACCAUUAUUGGCGAUGGUCUGAGAAAACCAGCUUCUUCUGCUUCUUCUCCUUCUUGUUCUCUGAGCUUUGAUAAGAAAUGGGGUAGCAGAAACGUUGCCGUUUCAGCAUUGACUGCGCCUCUCACUGGUGUGAUAUUUGAACCGUUUGAGGAGGUGAAGAAGGAAGCGCUUGCUGUUCCAGUAGUGCCUCAGGUUUCAUUGGCUCGUCAGAACUACGCUGAUGAAUGUGAAUCUGUAAUUAAUGAACAGAUCAAUGUGGAAUACAACGUUUCCUAUGUGUACCACUCCUUGUUUGCUUACUUUGACAGAGAUAAUGUGGCUCUCAGGGGAUUUGCCAAAUUCUUCAAGGAAUCUAGUGAAGAAGAAAGAGAGCAUGCUGAAAAGCUUAUGAAAUAUCAGAACAUUCGUGGUGGAAGAGUUGUACUUCACCCCAUCAAGAAUGUCCCCUCCGAAUUUGAGCAUGUGGAGAAGGGGGAUGCAUUGCAUGCUAUGGAAUUAGCUUUGUCAUUGGAGAAAUUAACAAAUGAGAAACUUCUGAAUGUGCAUAGUGUGGCAGACCGCAACAAUGACGCUGAAAUGGCACACUUCAUCGAAAGCGAAUUUUUGAGUGAACAGGUUGAAUCAAUUAAGAAGAUAGCAGAGUAUGUGGCUCAAUUGAGAAGGGUUGGAAAGGGUCAUGGUGUUUGGCACUUUGAUCAAAGACUGCUGCAUGAGGAAGAUGCUGCUUGAUCUUGAAUACCCUUCUUUUUAGUCUUUCUUUACAUUUGGUAAAUGAAGUUCUGGGUAGUUUUCUGUUGUAGAAUAGUAUUCCAGUGUUUUCCCUAUGUGCUGAGCCUGAGAUUACGGAACUAAGCCUAAUGUAAUUGUUUUUGUUUUUUUGUUGGUACUUCAUUGAUUUUCUCUCAUCAUAAUCAAUUCUGAAACCCAGAAAGGCAGAAACUACUAAUAGAAGUUUCUCCUCAGAAUUGAUUCUGGCUUUAGAAUCCAUUCUUGAAGGAUUUCCAAUAUUUUAAAACUUAUGGAAACAAUCUAGACCCAAAAUAUAGACAAUAUCAGAAACUGGCUUCUACAUGGAAUUCAAAUUUGAACUCUAAUCAUUCACUUCACUUACCAAACUUAAUGACCUGAUAGAUAUCGGGCCAGAAGUAAUGGAAUUGAUAUGAACUGUAUAUAGACAUCAAGCAAAUUCUGAUUUCCCUUCUCUCUAUACUUCUAUCAAUCCAUGAAGAAAACUUAGAACCAGUUAGCUUAGGAGCAAGAAAAAACUCAAGUUGGCGUGAAACAGAUCACCCAGUGAUAAGCUAUUGGCCUUUUUCCUCUUGAAGCCAUGUGUAGAAGAAGAUUCAAUCAUUUUCCACAUGACUUGGAUAUCUGCAUAUUCUCCACAAGACUCUAUAUCUACUAACUUAAAAUGCAAGGUGCAAUUUCACUGUUCAUAGUGCACCAUUUUUUUUUUGUUGCAGAUGCUUGAUUGUUGGGCCUAUUUCUUAUUUGGUUCAAUGAUAGGUUACUGUGUAGGGUUAGGAAUGUUCAUGCCCUCCUUGCCUCUUCACGUGUGAAGGAGCCGUCAGUCACAGAUGUAGGAGUAGGAGCUUCCCCAUCUCUAUUUGAUAUCCUAGCGAAUGCAUGUGCCCCAUCUGCUAGAGCCAGCUUUGCUUCGCCCUUCCCUUAUCUCAUGGCUGGAUUUUCGCUAGCAGCUGGAAGCUAUACCCCUCGAAAGUUCACCUAUCUCCCUGCACGAUUCAAGCCUCCAUCGUUGAUCUAUCAUCUAUGACUUCGCUGCAUCUACGAUUCGUCCUUCACCUAGCCUUUUGCGUGAGAUGUACGCAUAUCUUCCCCAUUUUCUGUGGCUGUUUGAGCUACUACUAGAUUAAAAAAUCUAGCUACUCAAGGUGCUUUCCAGUUGUUUGAUUCGAAAGCUUCAAGAUCUUGCUGGAUUCUCUAUGAUUUAUUUGCUUUCCUUGGUAUCUUCAUCCUUAGGCAGGUUACCAAAUAAAUAAGAGCUCUCUAAAACUCCAAACUUUAAACUUCAAUAAGCAAGUUGAAGACCUGACAUUAAGGUUGCUUAUUGAAAACAAGUCCAAUGGGGAAUUUGGGUAUCUUGCUUACACUCUUGAUUGAAGGAGGCAUCUUUGGAGUUAAUAUAUUGAUUAUCAAGGGGCUUUCAUGUUGGAUUUAUUCUCUAUGGGUUGUGAAAGUCCAAAGCAAGCAGAGACCAAAAUGUUGUAAAAGCCUGAGCACAUGAAUAGGCGAUGAAGAAGAACUCUGCUGAUAUUGAAAUGACUUUGGGGAAAGGAAUUUUCUGAUAGAAAGCAUGUUUAGACUUGAAGUCCAGGUUUGAUGGGGUUGUUGUGUGCUUGUACUGAUCACUGACUCUCAUGUUUUAUGAAUUCAACUAACAAAAGAUGGCUUCACUUAGCCUCUUCUACUGAAUGUCCUUUAUUAAGGGAGCAACACGAAUCUGAGCUGCAUUUGUUUAGAGACCGGCAAGUGAUCCAGCCUGUUUGAGAGAUGAGGCUCAACAAUGGAUUUUGGAUUAGGCUCCUAAUGUUACUAUGGCUGAACUUUAUUUAUAUUUGGAGUAGUAGUUGUUAAAUCAAUUAGUCAAAUGUAAGUUAUUGGAGUAAUUUUAAAUUGGACAUUUUCUUGGGAUCUCAUAGCUGUUACUCUUUGGGAUGGUGCUUAAGUUGUUACUCUUUGACAUGGUUAAGCUCCUGUGUUAUCCAUGUCAAUCGCAUUAGUUAUGUUUAUUAUAUAAUGUGCAUUAUUAACAUAAAA